CACUCUCUUUCAUUUCUCCUUUUAAACCGUUCUGGUUCAUAAAUAAGACAAAUUUCAGAUUUAGCUCAGUAAAAGGCAAAUUUUUUAUAUCCCAUGUACGAAAGUUUCUUGGUAAAGUUUUGGAGCGUAGUUAAAACUGUACUGCAGUUUUAAAAUUUUAAAAAACGCAUUAUUUUUUUAAACCAAACAAUUGUCUCUUGCAAUGUUGUCCACGGCUUUAAACUAACAGGGUUUCUUAUUUUGACUAGAGUCGAGCAAUCUUCGACUGAUUGGUUUAUUGUGGUUUAAGGGGUAUUAUAUUUGUUAAUGAUGGCUUGACAGAUACCAUAUGAUAGUGAAAAAUAUUUUUACGCAUUGGACUUAUUUUCAUUUUUGGCAUGAGUUGUUUUAUAGUUUGAUAUAAAUUUUGAAAUCUAAUGUGUAUCAGGAUUUUUCAAUUGAUAGAAGCUGUUUUCAAAAGAAUUUGAACCUAGAUUUUUAGGUGUCCAAACUACAAGGUAUCAACAUUUGGUUUUUCCUUCAAAUUUUGUGGCCUUUCUUUUAUCACGGUUCUUAAUCAUUCUGAUUAGGAAUGGAAGUUACCUCAUGAUUCAGACGCUAAGCACAUUAAAACCCUUUUCUUCUUAUAGAUAAUACUUGUUGUCUAAAGUGAAGUUUCUGAAACGUGUCAAAUAUAUGUUCAAAUGUUUUUGUAGUGCCCGCUCAUUGACUCAAAUAUAUACACAGAUUCAUACACCAUUAAAAACUUCAUGAAUCUCAGUAUGUGUUCCGUAAGCCCUCAGGGCAGGUCUAUUUUCUCUACAUUUAACAGCUGCAGGAAGGGUACUAAUCCAAAACGGCGUAACUUCCUUUCAAGAUUUAAUAAACAUUUGGUCCAACUGUACUUAGCGCGGCAGUCCAUUAUGGGAUCUCUUGCGUUGGAGGAAGGCCUGGUAUAUCCAGAUGUGAGAAGGGACGAGUUCGUAAUGGACAACUAUCAUGGAAUGCUUGUACCUGAUCCUUAUAGAUGGAUGGAAGAUCCAGAUGCAAAGGAGGUCAAGGAUUUUGUUGAGAAGCAAGUGCAGUUAACUCAAUCCUACCUACAGAAUUGUGAGACAAGAGAAAAGUUGAGGAAACAGAUCACAACUCUUUUGGACCACCCUAGAUAUGACUGUCCAUACAGACGUGGCAAUAAAUGCUUCUACUUUUUCAAUACAGGGCUGCAGGCUCAGAGUGUUCUAUACGUUCAGGAUAGUCUGGAGGCAGAAGCAGAGGUCUUAGUUGAUCCCAACACACUCAGUGAAGAUGGAACAAUUUCUUUAAAUACAUAUGCUAUCAGUGAAGAUGCCGAAUUCUUGGCAGUUGGUUUAAGCUCCAGUGGUAGUGACUGGGUAAAUAUCAAGGUUAUUCGGAUAGCAGAUAAGAAAACAGAGCCCGAUUCUCUUUCCUGGGUGAAGUUCUCAUCAAUAACUUGGAGCCAUGACAGUAAAGGUUUCUUUUACAGUCGGUAUCCAGCUCCCAAAGAAGGAGAACUAGAUGCAGGAACAGAAACAAAUAUCAACCUUAAUCAUCAAUUGUUUUACCACUUCUUGGGUACGGAGCAAUCUGAAGAUAUUUUGUGUUGGAAAGAUCCAGAGCAUCCUAAGUGGACAGUUAGAGCUAGAGUAACUGAAGAUGGAAAGUAUCUUCUCAUAAUUAUUACGGAAGGCUGUGAUCCGGUUAACAGGCUCUAUUAUUGUGAUCUUGCUGGUCUUCCUCAAGGACUUGAGGCUUUUAAAGGCAAAGAAGAGCUACUUCCAUUUCAUAAACUCAUUGAUAAUUUUGAAGCAAAAUAUGAUCUUGUUGCAAAUGAUGAUACCAUCUUCACUUUUCGGACCAAUAAAAAAGCUCCAAGGUAUAAAUUGGUCCGAGUGGAUUUGAGGCAGCCGGAGUUUUGGAGCGAUGUAGUUGCAGAAUCAGAUAGAGAUGUACUUGAUUCAGUUGCUGCUGUCAAUGACAAUCAACUUCUGGUAUGUUACUUAAAUGAUGUUAAACACAUUCUACAAGUACGGGACUUGGGAUCUGGCAAGUGGCUUCAUGAUUUGCCAAUAGAUAUUGGGUCAGUUUAUCAAAUCUCUGGAAGGCGUAAAUACAAGGAGUUAUUUAUUGGUUUUACAAGCUUUCUUACUCCUAGUAUCAUUUAUCGAUGCAACCUAGAUGCAGAAAAACCAAACCUCGUAGUAUUUAGAGAGACUAUUGUUCCAGGCUUCGAUCGGAAUUUUUUUGAGGCUAAACAGGUCUUUGUUCCUAGCAAAGAUGGAACCCAAAUACCAAUGUUCAUUGUAUGCAAGAAAAAUACCAUUCUUGACGGUUCUCAUCCGACAUUGCUAUAUGGUUAUGGGGGCUUUAACAUUAGUAUCACUCCAUACUUCAGUGCUAGUCGUAUUGUCCUUUUAAGGCAUUUAGGAGCAGUAUUUGCUGUUGCAAACAUUCGUGGGGGUGGUGAAUAUGGAGAAGAAUGGCAUCAAGCAGGCAUUCUCUCAAAUAAACAAAAUUGUUUUGAUGACUUCAUUUCUGCUGCUGAAUUCCUUGUAUCAGAGGGUUAUACACAACCUAAAAAGUUGUCUAUUGAGGGAGGCAGUAAUGGAGGACUUCUUGUUGCAGCUUGCAUGAAUCAGAGACCUGACCUAUUUGGUUGUGUGCUGGCUCAUGUGGGGGUUAUGGACAUGUUACGCUUCCAUAAAUUUACUAUUGGACAUGCAUGGACUACAGAUUUUGGAUGUUCGGAGAAGGAAGAAGAAUUUCAUUGGCUGAUUAAAUACUCGCCAUUGCAUAAUGUAAAGAGGCCAUGGGAAGAGCCCGGGGGACAUAGUGUUCAGUAUCCCGCUACGAUGUUAUUGACAGCUGAUCAUGAUGAUCGAGUUGUGCCGCUUCAUUCUUUGAAAUUUCUUGCAACAAUGCAAUAUAUUUUAUGCAAAAGUGUACCGCAUAGCCCACAAACCAAUCCAAUUAUUGGUCGAAUUGAUACAAAAGCCGGUCAUGGGGCAGGGAGGCCAACCCAAAAAGUGAUUGAUGAGAGUGCUGAUAAAUGGGCAUUCAUGGCCAAAGUGGUGGAAGCCUCGUGGAUUGACUAGCGUUUAAUGAUGUGGCUGGUUGCAGUUGAAGGUGGCAAACAGAGAAUAGUGUUUGUAUGAUUUGUAAUAGAAUCUAUUGUAGUAAAUUUUCUUGUCACUUUGUGUUAAAAAGUGUUGCUCUAUUUCAUAAUACUUUCUACUUAUAUUUAUGUUAACUGUAUAGAAGGUUUGGGGUUCUUUUCGUAGUGUGUUGGUUAGGUGGCGGUGUUGUUGUAAUCACCAAGGUUCAAAACUCCGCUGGGCCAUUGUGAUCGCAGGACUGUGCCUUCUCCGAUCCGAUGUGCUCAUGGGUUUGAGCCUCAGCAUUGUUAAAUGGGGAUGAGAUCCCUCGUUUGUGACCUCACCGAUUCAUAACUCUUUGUCAAAAGUAUUUCACAUGGUGACGGAGGGGUGUGUUUACCGGAUACUUAAAAAAAAAACUGUAAACUGUAUACUUGUUCAGAUAGAAAUGUAACAGUAGUCUCCUAUAGAAUAUACACAUUUGGAUACUGUGUAUGAAAGAGGAGCUAUAUACCUCAGAUAAUAGAAAAUUCGCGAUUCAAAGUUU